CGAUGGAGGCAGUAACUUUGCGGCCGCCGGUAUGUUUCUGCAGCAGACCGGAACGGUCGCCGACCGGACGUGGACGCUCACUCGGAAGACAGUCCGCCGUCCAACGGGUUUGGUAGAUCUUCGCGCAGCCGCAAGUGGUCGCUUGCGGACCCCCCACCCCUGCUAUGUAUGUUCUCGUCUCACGACGGCUACGGCAACCCCCCAGCGAAUUGAAGAGCCAGCUGCCACGUGGCAACAGUUCACGAACGACAAAACUCCUCCUCUUUACUCUGCCUCUCCUCUUCGUUCUCCCUCUCCUCCAGUGGCGGCAGCAGCAGCACGACCAGCAUCAACUCGAUUAGCGGCAGCAGCAGCACGACCACCAUCAACUCGAUUAGCGGCAGCUACGGGACGAGGGGAGGAGGGGGUAAUGACAUUGGACAGGGAAGCGAUGGAGGGGGAGAAUGGCAAUCAAUCACCUGCGACCAAUCUUAUGGAGCAGCGCAUCUUCCCGCCUGAGGAAAUGCUCCUUAUGGUGAAGAGGCAGAAACCAAGAAACUGGCACUGCCUGUGGAAGGCCUGGGAUGUGCAGACACGCCAGCAAUUGUACCACCCACAGACUCCUCCUCCUCCUCCUCCUGCUGCUGCUGCUGCUGUGAAUGAUGCUGCCGAACCCAUAGCCGUAGAGCUCAACCUUGUUCGAGGAGACCAUAGGCUCGGUCUUGUCUUCGUGUAUGUGGAUGGCAUUUGGAAUCGCGUAUCGUUUGCCCGAGAGACUCAUCGGGAUACCAGGGCUGAGUUUGUGGAGCCCAGCUUGCCCACAGUAGAGGAGGAGGAGAAUGGAGAACACGGCCCAUGGACAUGCCUCGACAAUGAGUCCGUUUCCAUAGCUGAGGUCCAUGAACUGCCUAUCAACCGGAGGGGGAAAGCGAAGGAGGAGGUCUGCUUGGAGCCGGGGUUCGUCUUGACUCAUAGAACGUCGGGAUCCCGACGUGAAGCCAUAUCAGCAUCGUCAGCAGACGAGCCACGUGGCGAGGAGAGGGACUACCCUGAGCAUGCCUGUGCAGAGAAGGGCCAUGGCGGGGCAAUCACGGGCGGUAAGGAUAGAUUCGACGUGGAUGAACAAGGAGGAGAAACAGGAGGAGGAGGGGGAGGGGGAGACACCACGUGGAAGGUCGUUCAGCUGCCGGAUAACGUGGCCGUAUAUGCUCCUGCCACGUAUUGCAUGAAUGGCGGGAAACCUUUAGACAUCCUCGUUGAGUGGAUGUUCCCCAAUGUGCCAUCGCCAUCGUCUUCCUCCGCCCCCCAAUCUCCCUCUUCCUCUCCCUCCCCCUCCCCCUCUACAGCCAUCGCUGGCCAUGGCGCUGAGGUGGACACUGUCCUGCUGAAUAUCGGGGCAAAUGGGAAGUACCAAAGGAUUCGCUGGGCCUCCUACCUAGAGGCGAUUUCGGCGAUCCUUGCCCAGGUGGGACCAAGCGGACUCGAGAGUGUGGUGGAGUAUGCGUCCAAAUCAGUACCCGCCUGCAAGCGCAAGUACACCGCUCCGACGGGAGAAUGCUAUGCGGCUCUCUGGGGAAUCAGUCACUUUCGUGCUUACCUGUAUAGGCAAAAGUUCACCCUGGUGAUUGAUCAUGAGCCCCUGUUGGCUCUAAAGGAAUCAAAGGAUUACUCGGGCAUAAUUGGGCGAUGGGCAACGGUGCUGCAGAGCAUGGACUUUGACAUCCGCCAUCGGAAGCACGAGAGACACGGGAACGCGGACGGAUUGACGCGGUUACACAGGCCCGAGAAACUUCUGAAAAGUAAGGAGAUGAUCCCGUGGAACGCACCCGAGCAGAAGAUUGGACCUCGGUACGGCCAAGUGGAGGUUUUGUCGAAGCAAACGAGCCACGUCACCACAGCGGCGGGAUUCACCGGUGACAUCAGCUCGGUCAACCCGCAGAGGCACACCGCGAUCUUGGCCUCGCUGCGCGAGUGGACGGAGCAAGUCUCCAACGUGUGGCAGCACGUCCUCGCUCGAGAAGGAUAUAACAUCAUUCCGAUCUCUGCAUCGGACCUUGAUGGCAUUCGCCGAGCACCGCGCGAGCGGCCAAUUGUGAUUCCAACCCUCUGGACUUCGUGCUUGGAGGAACCUAGGGACGAGGAAAGUACGCUACCAUCGCGGCAGGAGUAUAUGAAGCCGUACGAGAUCAUCCCUUACGCCUUCUACCCGAGGGCAGAAGAAGUGGUGAUUCACGACGACGACAACGAAGAAGAAGACAAUAACGAGGAAACAUCGGAGGAGGGAAGCCAUAGUGAACAUAGCGAGGGUGAGCUGAGUGAGGAGGAAGAGAAAGAAGAAGGAACCAGGUCCGAAAGGGAAGCCCUGCCGGAGGAAGCGACGUGUACGGGAACGGAGGCGGAAGAUCCGGAAGUGGCGCGAAAGCGCGAAGAGAUUGCUUCCGGAAAGCGCCAGCUGGAGUCCUCUAGCGAAGCCAGCCUGCGCAUCGGUAGCGAUCUGACCAGGGAGCCAUUGCCACCAAUGCCCAAAGAUGGAGGCCCUGCAGCCGCCACCUCAAGUACCACGCGACGGAGACGGCGCCAAUCCCCCUCCUCCUCCAGCCCCACCCGUCCCCCAGUCCGCCCACGUACCGAUGCGGGCGAUAGGCCUUCGUUCUCGGACGCUGUCCCGCUGGCCCCUUGAUUUCCUCACCCUCGAACAGAUCCGUACCCCUGUCACCUUCCCUUCCCACCCUUUCCACCCCCAUCUCUUCCGUGAUUUCUACUCUACCCG